AUGGAUGUGGUGGGUGAAAAUGAAGCCCUGCAACAGUUCUUUGAAGGUGAAAGAGUGGAAAGGAACAGGGCAGCCUCAGGAUUACCAGGGCUGUGGGAAUGGAGCUUGUCUGAUGGAAAAAAGAAGGGUCUCUGCAUGACACUGGCUGAGCAGUUGGAUGGUGUAAGAAGAGGUAAAGAGUUAGGAGAGCAAGAGGCAGCAGGGCAGGUUACCAUCUUGCAACUGUCCCUGGAAAGGGAGGCCGAGAACCAGGGUGAGGCGGGGUCUUACUUUUUGAGAGCAAUCAAGAAGAGUUUCUCUGAUCCUUCCAACGGGUGUGAGCAGCUUCUUCUCUUUUGCUUUGAAAUUCUCGAGUAUAAGCUGUCAGCAUCUCCUGAAAUCUUCAUAGUUCUAAAGAGUCUCAACUUGUCUUCAGCCCAGGGAGCCAAUGGCACUCAGGAGAACCCAGCCUUGGAUACAAGUCUACUGGAAGAGUUCUUGGGCAAUGACUUCGAUUUGGGAGUCUUCCAACGCCAGCUCCCAGAGACCCCACCCUAUUCUACAUCAGACCCAUGUUCGCCUCCACAGGUCAAAGGUACAAGCUACGGGACCACAAGGGCUACACCUGAGAGGACUCCCGCUGCUUUUCUGCACUCCGCAGCGGCCCCCGGGAUGCUGUCUGUGAACCUGCAGCAGAGCAUGUCUGGAAUGAGCGACUCUGCUCAAACCCAUGACAGCUUUCACAACUGUUACCCAAACACCAGUCCCUCCAACCUCCUGGAUCAGUCGGGGUCCUCCUAUCUGGGGACAAGCUGUUCUUAUCACCAGCAGUCUCUGUGCCACAUCCCUGGAGAUUCAUUGCCUCCAGCCAAGAAGAGGAAGCACAUGCAGACACUGGAGGACUCCGGGGACUGCGCAGUGUGGGCCCACCCCUGCAGACCAGUGACAAGUAGGAGUCACAGCAGCAGAGUACGGGACCAUGACAGUGAGGUCCAGAACGGGAUGCUUGCGGACCAGGGCUCCCCGGCUCUGAAGUGGCAGCCGUACCAAAGUGUUCCUUGGCAUAGCUUAUUAAACUGUCAUCAUGAAAAACUACCUGAUGUGGGCUAUCGAGUUGUUACAGACAAAGGAUUUAAUUUCUCUCCAGCAGAUGAAGCUUUUGUUUGUCAAAAGAAGAACCAUUUCCAGAUAACGAUCCACAUCCAAAUUUGGGGAAGUCCAAAAUUUGUUGAAACUCAAAUGGGCCUAAAGCCAGUAGAAAUGUUUUACUUGAAAGCUUUUGGAAUUAAGGUAGAAGCCACCAAUCAAAUAAUUGCUAUUGAACAGUCCCAGGCAGAUAGAAGCAAAAGGAUUUUCAGUCCUGUUAAAAUUGACCUCCUCGCUGAUCAAGUCACCAAAGUAACGCUGGGACGGUUACACUUCAGUGAAACCACUGCAAACAACAUGAGAAAGAAGGGGAAACCAAAUCCUGACCAGAGGUACUUCAAAUUGGUGGUUGGACUAUAUGCUGCUCACCAAGACCAGUUUUAUAUGCUGUCUGCCCAUGUCUCUGAAAGGAUCAUUGUACGGGCUUCUAACCCUGGGCAGUUUGAAAAUGACAAUGAUGUAUUGUGGCAGCGAGGACAAGUCCCAGAGUCUGUUGUCUGUCAUGGUCGAAUAGGAAUAAACACAGAUACACCAGAUGAAGCCCUGGUUGUCUGUGGCAACAUGAAAGUGAUGGGGACAAUCAUGCAUCCUUCUGACAGCCGAGCAAAGCAGAAUAUCCAGGAGGUUGACACAAAUGAACAGCUGAGAAGAAUAGCCCAAAUGAGGAUUGUUGAAUAUGACUACAAACCUGAAUUUGCAUCUGCAAUGGGAAUAAACACUGCCCAUCAAACAGGAAUGAUUGCCCAGGAGGUGCAAGAGAUCCUGCCCAGAGCCGUGAGAGAGGUUGGUGAUGUCACCUGUGAGAAUGGAGAGAAGCUGGAGAACUUCCUCAUGGUUGAUAAGGACCAAAUCUUCAUGGAAAAUGUAGGGGCUGUGAAGCAGCUCUGCAAAUUAACCAACAACCUUGAAGAAAGAAUAGAAGAAUUAGAAAUAUGGAAUAGGAAGCUGGCCAGGCUAAAGCGGCUCAGUAGUUCCAAGUCCUCAGCCAGCCAAGCAAGUUCAAUCAGCAAACUUAGCAGAGCUGUUAGUACAUCUUCUCCAAGAAGGGCUAUUCCCAAAAACUCCAACAAGGUUUAUUUUUCAGGAAAAAAACUGUUGUGUCCUAACUGGAUUUUCCAGACCAUGAUAAUAACUCUAAUCGCUGUGAUGGCAUUUUGUGCCUUGACAAUAGUCUUCCUUUACAUACUGAGCUUAAAAGAUCAAAACCGGCAUGUUUCAAAUCUUCCUCCAAGUAAUAUCACAAGCUCUCCACAGGUGGUCCUGCCAUCCACCACAACCCCGUCAGGGCCUCAUACAUCUCUGGCCACCACGCAGACCUCCUUAGACAGACCUGAAAUUACUUUCUGUGAGAUCCUGCCGUGUCAGGAAACUUAUUGCUGUCCCAUCUGGGUAAGAAGAAUGUCUUCAAAUCCUGAGCAGAAGCAUCCCCAGGAGAAGGAAAUGCACUGGACAGACAAAAGGAAAUCACUUAUGGCAAGAAGCGAAUUCAUCAGUCCCGACUGGCAGAGUGACUGGAUUGAUACAUCCAUCAGUUCUAUACAAAUAACGGAAAUCCAGCACAUAAUUGAUCGUCGGUAUUGCAGUAAUGAGCUCCAUUGCAGGUCUGGAUAUUAUUAUUACAGUAUUCCUGUUAAUAAGCACACACCCACAGAAGUCAAAUUCUCUCUGGAAAUCAACACAACAGAACCAUUGAUAGUCUUCCAGUGCCAAGUCACCGUUGGAAAUAUAUGUUACCAUAAUAAAAAGGAAACCAAAGGGGCUCAAACCUAUGGAGACACCUACCAGGGCAUGACACAGGGAUAUCAGCACGUUUGGAACCUUCCCGUGGCCCUCUUCUCUGAUAGUGCAUACCAUUUCCGUGUAGCUGCACCGGAUUUAGCAAACUGCUCAACGGAUCCCUUUUUUGCUGGAAUAUUCUUCACAGAUUAUUUCUUUUAUUUCUAUCGACGCUGUACCUAAUUUAUUCAAGUUUGGUGUUUUUACCAAAGAAAAACUUUCAGGAAUACAGUUAACAGACACUGAUAGUCUCUUGAAAGUUCUUUCAUCUUUUCUGUGAAACACAUUUGUUGCUGAAGGACUUUUCAGACUUUGGUUUCCAAUGGUUUUGAGACAUUAAUGAGGAGAAUAAAGUACUUGCUGCAACUUGAAAGAA